UUGCUUUCAGGGAAUAUAAAAAAGCUCAAAAUGUUUAUCUUGUAUGUCACUUUCUCGACUGUACUUGACGCCAUUCCUUCUCGAAACUGACUGAAGGUAAUAAGCAGCUUGUUGAGGGAUCAAAACUUGGCCAUAAGGGACAGGAGACUUUGGACUCUUUGUAAGUUGGUGAUCUGGCUUUCGGUCCACAAGGAAAUAUUCGCAUGGCUUCUGGAGCUGCACCAGCAUUCCAUUCCACCAAAGAGACAACUAAUUACGCCCGAUUAUGCCGGCUUCUGGUGGAUGUCAGUUCACACGUCUUGAGAGAGGCUUUUGAAAAGAAGCGUCCAUCAGGAAAUCUGGAUGCAGUUUUGUUAAGUCCUUCAGUUCACAAUGCUCUACAACGACUCAAGAAUAAAAAGGUUUUGAAUCCAUCGCAAUGGGGUAAACUGUAUCCUGCUAUCAAAUCGUCAGUUUCAUCGCAGCAUUUCGAUAUCACCCUACUUAUGGUUCUGCUGAGGAAUAUCUGUGGCCUUGUUCCCCCGGCAACCGGCUGGGAUACACUUCCUCCUCCGGCAGACACAACCCUCGAGGCAGAUAUCGUUCGUAUCAAGUGCUACAGAAACACAGUUUAUGGUCAUGCCACCGAGGCCUCAGUUGAUGACGCAUCAUUCAAUAAAUACUGGAUGAACAUCCAAGAUGCAUUGGUACGACUGGGAGGAGUCGGAUAUCAGAGUGUUCUCGAUGGUCUGAAAAAGGAAGGUAUGGACCCUGAGGUUGAGGAACAUUACAAAGAGCUGCUCAAACAAGGGGUAAUAGAUGAGGUCGCUAUCAUGAAAAAAUUGGAUGAGUUCUCUAGGAAGCUGGAUGAAAUGAGAGAAUCCACAUCAAAUCCUGAAAAGAAAAUAGGAGUCGAAGCUGUAGCAACGUACACAAAUGCAUUGAAAGAAUCAAUCAAAAGCCAAACUGAGUUCCACAGUGUAGCUUCUCCCACCUCGUCCAAGGUAAGAACAGAUGACAUAUUCACAAGUAAUCUUAUACAACAUGGACGAAAACCAGUCGAAGACCUUAACAUAGAAAGAAAGAAACGCCUUCAUCAGUACAGUCAAGUGAGUGGAAAACCAGUCAAACAUUGUCAAGAAAUUUUCACUUCUGAUACCGAUGGUAGUGAGGAAAAGAAUCCCAAAUCUGUUCUUGUCACUGGCAAAGCAGGAAUUGGAAAAACGCUGUUUUGUCAAAAGUUAAUUCGAGAUUGGGCUGACAACAAAUUGUUCCUAUCUCGAACAAAUUUGCGCGAUCCUGAUUUCAAGUUCGCUUAUCUGCUAACAUUUCGUCAAUUAAAUUUACUCGGAAACGACUGCGUUACCCUGAGGGAAAUCUUCAAUAGAUCUUCAGUGUUAGACGACCGCUCCAGUAUUGACGAAUCUUUAUUUAAGUACAUUGUCGAGCAUUCUGAGGAGGUUUUGAUUAUCCUUGACGGGUAUGAUGAGUGUGCACAACAACAUUUCAUGGUGGAAGAUGUGGAUGACCGGUAUCCGAGUGACGCUUACGAGAAAAUGCCGAUAACGGCUCUGUGUGCCAAGUUAAUCAAAGGAAAAAUCUUGAGAGGCUCGGUUGUCAUGCUAACAUCAAGACCCGAUGAGUCUGAUGAAAUCAGAAACAAAAUUGGUUUUGAUCGGUGCGUGGAAAUUACAGGAUUUUCCGAGCAACACGUAAAGGAAUACAUCGAGAAGCAUUUUCAAGCAAAUGAAGUUAUGAAGAACGCUGUAAUGGAUCACAUCACAAAGAAUGACAAUCUUGUCAGCUUUGCCCACAUUCCAGUCCUCUGUUUUCUGAUGUGUUCUUAUUUUGAGUACAUCUUAAAGGAAUCGACGAACACUGACGCUCUCCCAGUCAAUAUGAGUGACAUCUAUUUUGAAGUGGUUAAUAUGUUCUUGAGAAAACAUAGCAAAAAGAGAGGAACCCCUCCCAAAGUAACACUGAAGAAGUUGUCCAAGUUGGCAGCUGAUUUUCUCUUAGAGAAUAAGUUUCUCUUCGCUGUCGAAGAUAUGGAGAACUUUACUCUCGGAGAAGUGGAAAGUCUGAGAGCAAGCGGCCUCCUUCAUUGCGGUCCUAUUUUUAGAAAAACAUUUUCUGAAACGACCAAGUCCUUUUGUUUCACACAUUUAACUCUCCAGGAAUACUUAGCGGCUCAAUGGUUUGUAGAGAGAAAACAGAUCCCUUCCCGCGAAAAUGUAUCAGAAAUGGUAUUCAUAUUCAUGUCCGGCAUCUUAUCAAAGCAAAACAAAAAAGCUUUAAUGCAAACGUUGAUCGAAAAACUCGAUCCGCAGCCCUCGAGAAACCUGCUAACUUUAAAGUGUCUCACAGAGUAUCAAGACAAAGAAUUUGCGCAAGGGAUAGUAAAGAGAUACUUCAAUGCGAUCUGGGACAAUGGUGGAGACAUUAAAUUUAUAAACGUGUUUAAUUUAGACUACAUUGCUGUGUCUUUUCUAUUAGAUGUCAUCAGUUCAUUGAAUGUCGUGGAAACGGCUCGAAAGAAUCAAACAUCCCUCCAACAGACACGUAUGCCGUUGGUUCAACGGCUGAAUCUCUUUAGGUGCACGUGUUGCAGAAAUCACCCAUCCCUUUAUCACUCACCUAAACGGUUAACCAUCAGGUGGGUUUUUCUAUCGGAGACUGGAUUAGGAAGAAUCUGCAAGGCGCUUGAGAAUGAGUUCUGUCCCAUUACUGGACUAGUCCUUCAGAGUUUUACGUCUUUUGUCAUAUGGGUCCCAAUGAUCAGAAAGAUGCUGCCACAGUCUAAUUUACUUGAACUGCGUUUGAUUCGUUCUGGGGUCACCGAUGCUGGUGUUGUCAGUCUAUGUCAAGCAUUACAGACAGCAACAUGUCAACUUACCACAUUUGAUCUGAGUUAUAAUAAGAUUACCGAUGCCGGUGUUGUCAGUCUAUGUCAAGCAUUACAGACAGCAACAUGUCAGGUCACCACAUUACAUCUGGGUGGUAAUCAGAUUACCGAUACUGGUGUUGUCAGUCUAUGUCAAGCAUUGCAGACAACAACAUGUCAAGUCACCACAUUAGAUCUGGGUGAUAAUCAGAUCACCGAUGCUGGUGUUGUCAGUCUAUGUCGGGCAUUACAAACGGCCCAUUGUCAGGUCAGGUCAUUAAAUCUGGAUGGAAAUUUAAAGAUCACCAAUGCCGGUGGGAGGCUCCUCAGUGAGCUGUUGAAGAAACAACCGCAUCUUAACUUGACCUGUUUUCCAUUCAUAGGGGUACAGUGACAUACCACAAAUGCAACAUCAUUGAUUUGCACAUGUGAAUAAACUAAGAGUCAAUUUACACGAAUGUUUAAAAUGAAAAGCACGAAAGUUUAUUAUGCUACAUCAUAGUUUAUUGUGUUACAUCAUCGUUGCCACCGAUAUUGGAUGUUAGGACGAUUCACUUGGUAAGAAGCCACUCCCGUUUAUCACAUCGUGAUAAAUGGGAGUGGGUACGAACAGAACAAAAUCUUGCUUCGAUUUUAAGUAGGUGGUAACCAGAGCAGUACGAUAUCAGUUACGAUUUAAGUAGAGGAUGUUGAUAUUCAGUUUGCUAACGACAGCGGUACUUUUCUCAACGGCGUCCAUGGGGAAUAUGAGUGUUACUGAUGAAAAGUAGGAAACAUUUUAUUACAGACUUAAACUGUCUUCCUACAGUGAACCUGUAAUAUCAAAGGAAUUCUCACUGCCAAAUAGAUGUCAAGCAGAGCACAAUUUGAAAAUGGUGAAAAAUUCUAGAUUGAGGUACAAACCUUUGUCUUUCUCCCAUCUUCGCAAUCUUCGUAAAUAUUAAUGAAUUUGUGGUAAAUAGAUAAUCGCAAUUUGCUUUUGUCGUAGAGUAUCUUAAUAUCUCACCAAUUCCUGAUGGUCCUCUGUCGAGAUUAUGUUAAGUUUAAACCGCAUUGAUUUGUUUAUUUGAGCCGAAUCAUAAGAUUAGUCAGGCAUUCCUAGCUAGCAUAGCCGCGAAGGCUGGGAACUGAAGAGAAAAAAACAUUAUGGGAUGAGAAAAAAAGCACAUGGGAAGAGAGUCGGUGAACUGAGAGGAGUCGGAAUAAAAUUGCUCAGUUUAUUCAA